UCAAUUCUGCAAGUGGUUCUGAUUUACUAUCGCUGUUCUCUAGCUGAUCUAAACCCGCUUUGACCUAAAGGGACGCUUUUUGGACGCCAUGGACUUUUCUCAGUUUCCAGGCAGAAAGAACAGACAAAAUGCAGGCAGGGCACAGGACAAAGCACUAGGGACAAAAUGUACGUGAAUAUGUAAAAGUUUUUUGGAAAAAAAUGACAUUUUUUAAUAUUUUAAAAUUUCCCGCUGCCGGUGGCGCCUGUACGUCCCGACGUCACAGGGACCGGAACACAGAAGCCGGAUGCCGGCAUUGGCCGAAGGAAAUGGCCGGGGACGCUGCAGGGGACACA